AUGGAAGCUACAUGCAAUCACAGCUCUAAUAUUGCUGAAGUUUCACAUUCUUCUCCAAUGAUGUCCUUUAAUGGCAAACGACUAGUUGCGGAUGAGAUGGAUUUCUUUGUGGAGAAGAAGAAGAAGAAAAGUGUAGUUGAUGAUGAUCAAAUGGUGCACCAAAAGGAGCUUUAUGUGGAUACUCGUUUAGAUCUCGUUACAAAGAGUUCAGUUGGCAACAAAUCAAUUGAGGAAGCUGGAUCAUCGGUGGCAAGGGAUAAUGAUAAGAGAAAUAAGGUAACUUUGCUGGCUGAAUUGCACCAGCUGAAUGCUGAAAAUCAACGCUUGAGGGAGCUGAUUGAUGAAGUGAGCAAUAACUACAAUGCCCUACACGAGCGUCUUAUGAAGCUGAUGCAGAAACAGCAUAAGAAUGAGACUAACAAAGCCAAAGAGGAAGAGGGCAAGAAAGAUGGUAUGAUUCCAAGGCCACUCUUGGAUAUUGGAAUUGCUAUUAAGGAAGAGCCUUCACAGCAAUAUUCAGAGGGAAAACUGAGAGAAAGCAAAAACAUGGUUGACUUAAUGGAGAGCAAGACUCAAAAGACUUGCACCACUAGAGAUGUUGUUGAGUUGGAUUCUGGCAAGGAUGAUAGUGCAAAAUCCAGAAGAGAUAUUCACCAGAGUCCAUCCGACAAAGCAAUUAUGGGGUGGCCGUCAAAUGAAGUCACAAGAUUGAGUUCUUUUAGGGAUGUUGAUCAACCAUCAGAAACCAUGUCAAUGAUCAAGAAAGCUCGUGUAUCUGUUCGAGCAAGAUCAGAUUCUUCUAUGAUUUCAGAUGGAUGUCAAUGGCGAAAGUAUGGGCAGAAGAUGGCGAAAGGAAAUCCUUGUCCACGAGCUUAUUAUCGUUGUACAAUGGGGACUGGUUGUCCAGUUCGAAAACAAGUACAAAGGUGUGCUGAAGAUCAAAGUGUGUUGAUCACAACAUAUGAGGGGCAGCAUAAUCAUGUGCUCUCUCCCACUGCAAAGGCAAUGGCAUCAACCACAUCAGCAGCUGCAUCAAUGCUUCUUUCAGGAUCAAUGCCAAGCUCAGAUAAUGGCCUAAUGCAUCCAAACAUAUUAGAAAGUGCAGCACUUUCUUGCUCACACAACUUGGCAACACUCUCAGCUUCAGCUCCAUUUCCAACCAUCACAUUGGAUCUCACUACUCAAAGUGCUACCAAUAAUUCCUCUCAAGUUUUGGCACACAAGUUUAUGUCAGGUCCUAACAUUUUUGACCAAACUAAGCUUUUUAAGUUAUAUGGGUCACAGGCAACAGAAACAGCUUCAUUUGUUGAUAAGGUAAAUGCAGCAGCAGCUGCUAUCACUGCAGACCCUAAAUUAACAGCAGCUCUUGUGGCUGCCAUAACAUCUGUCAUGGGAAGUUCACAUCAAAACAAUAAUAAUGGUGCCAAUGGUACAAGUGGAGACCCAGCGGUGCAAUGA